AUGUCCUUUGCACUUCUCUCUCUCACCGUCGGCCUGUUGGGCCUAUAUCUGCUCCAAUAUGUCCUGAGAAAAGGGAAUGAGCAACUUCCACCUGGUCCACCGCGAAAGCCCAUAAUCGGCAACUUGGGUGACCUACCCUCGCAUAAUGACCGAGCUUGGGAGCAUUGGCUUAAACACAAGGAGCUCUACGGACCGAUUAGCUCCGUCACGGUAUGGGGUGAACAUAUCAUCGUUCUUAAUGAUGCUCGACUUGCCGUGGAGCUUUUGGAGAAACGCUCGUCAAUACACUCUUCUAGACCAAAUCAAACGUUUGGCGAUAUGGCGGGUUGGAAUAAUAUCCUCGGUAGUGUAAAAUACUCGGAUGCGUUCCGGGCGAUACGAAAGGCUCUACACCAACAAAUUGGCUCGAACGUAUCGGUAGCUCAAUUUAAUCCGGUCCAGGAAGUGGAAGUCCGUCGGUUUCUGCUUCGCGUGCUAAGGGAUCCACGGAACCUUCUUGAUCAUAUACGGAAAGAGGCCGGGGCUAUAGUACUCAAGGUUGCUUAUGGAUAUACAAUUGAGCCACACGGUCCGGAUCCACUGGUUGACCUGGCGAACAAGGCGAUGGAAGAGUUCUCGGUAGCAAUUUUGCCAGUGAGAUACAUACCAACCUGGUUCCCGGGCGUUGAGUUUCCCAAGAUGGCAAAAAAAUUCAAAAAGACGGUUACAGCCUUCAGCGAUCUUCCAUAUGCAUUUGUAAAACAAAAAAUGGCGGAGAAUAAUUUCCAGCCAUCCUUCCUCUCCAAUCUCCUGCAGGAGACAAGUUUCGACGAGGGUUCCGAAGAAGAGAUGGUCGUCAAAUGGUCUGCUGCGUCCCUGUAUGCGGGGGGAGCUGACACGACUGUCUCUACCAUGGCAUCUUUCUUCCUUUCUAUGGCAAUGAAUCCUGAGGUGCAAGAGAAAGCACAGGCAGAGAUCGACCGGAUCGUUGGAGUUGACCGUCUACCUGGCUAUGAAGACCGUGACAAUCUCCCAUAUAUCAACGCUAUGGUGAAAGAGGUCUUCAGAUGGCAUCCGGUCGUUCCGACUAGCGUCGCCCAUACAUCGAUCAAGGAUGAUACAUGCGAGGGAUAUCAUAUUCCGAAGGGUUCCGCAAUCAUACCGAAUAUCUGGGCAUAUACCCACGACCCUGAAGUAUACCCCGACCCCCUCGCAUUCAAACCGGAGCGCUUUCUAGAGUAUGACGGACACGUCCCCGAACGAGACCCACACCUGCUCUCCUUCGGAUUCGGCCGUCGAGUCUGUCCAGGACGCACAUUGGCCGAUUCAAACGUCUACCUCAGUCUUGCGCAGUCCUUAGCCGUCUUUCGCAUAACCAAGCCAGUUCGGGAUGGUAAAGUAAUUGAACCAGAGCCGAUGUUUCAGCCAGGUAUUAUUAGUCACCCGGCCCCAUUUGAGGUUGAUGUCAAACCUAGAAGUCCAGGACAUGUGGAGCUUAUUUUGGCUGUGGAGAAGGAGCAGCCGUGGGAGAAGAGUCAUGCGAAAGAGCUAAGCAGUUCAGGCUAG